CGCGCCCGCCUUGAGAAGCAUCGUAGAAAGUAACAGCCCGUGGAUGCGCUUGCACGAGGAUAACCAAGGCCGGAAGCUAAGCACUAGCGAGUGGUACGACAAUAUGAGCGAUGAUGACCGGGACAUUGACAUAGAAAGCGAUGAUGGCGAUGAUUCAGACAAUACAAAAUCACAGUCCCGUUCCGGUGGUGGCAGUCAGUUUUACUCACAGGCCGAAAAACGCGCUCACCACAAUGCCCUUGAACGGAAACGGCGUGAUCACAUCAAGGACAGUUUCACCGCGCUGCGUGACUCUGUACCAUCGCUGCAGGGCGAGAAGGCUAGCCGCGCGCAGAUACUGAAAAAGGCGGCCGAGUAUAUCCAGUUCAUGCGGCGGAAGAACAACUCACACCAGCACGACAUCGACGAUCUGAGGAGACAGAACAAUAAGCUCGAAACAGAAAUACGCGACCUGGAGCUGGCAAGAGCUUCUGGAAAGUAUGGUGGCGAUGGUGCCGAUUUGGGCCUAUCGUUCCAGGACGGAUCACGCGGCUCAGACAGCUCGGACAUUGAUGAGGUGGUACCUAAAAACAACAACAACAACAACAACAAUAACGGGUUGGGCGCAGCGCGGCGGAACAAAAAGAUGAAAACAAAUGCCAACUACUAG